AUGCUGCGCUUUGAUUACACCAACACGCCUACCAGUUCGUCCAACGUACGCGGCAAAAUGGGUGACGCAGACGACGCCGCCGCCGACGCUGCAGCCCGUUUCGACUUCCUCGAGCAAGGGCAAGCCGCCCUUCAAACCAAAUUUGAUACGAUAUCAAAUCAGCUGCAGCUUCUCCUCAACGCCCCUCGCGGAAAUAUCGUGCCACCAAAUCCGCCGCCUCCACCUCCGCCACCUCAACUAGCCCCCACCGCAGCAAUUCCUACUCCCAGACGUCGGCUUGAUACGUCGUCACUCGAGAAAUUACACGGUGAUAUUCCGCUCGUUGAUUUCAAGACGUGGCGCAACCGAUGGGACGACUUUGGCCGACUGAACCAACUAUCGACCUACCCGGUGGAGGAGCAGACAGCUGCCCUCCGCCUAUCGCUAGACACCACGAUGCAACAAACUGUUGAGGUGGCUUUGAAUUUUACGCCCAACAAUACCACUCUGCCAUCGGAAAUCUUGGACGCCAUCGCAAACCAUAUUCGCCUAAAGCGAAACGUCACUAAUGGUCACCGGAAAACUCCAAUUAUCACCCUGGAUUUACGCACGGGCUCCGCAAGAGCAUUUACCGCAGUUACAUCAGCAAUUCCGGAUCCGGGAGCGGAAGUAUCCGUCGCCGGUCUCGACGUGUUGAACAGCCUCGGCCUUGCCGAAACUGACCUUUCCGGAGCCAAAUACGACCUCGUCCAGGCAGACCGCUCCUCCACUCUACUAUCCAUCGGACAGCUGGAACUUACAGUCCGCUACGGACCGCGCGAGGCGCAAUGCACCGUGGCCCUCUACCCGAAAAACCGACGGAGGAAUUUAUCAGCCAAACCCGUUCGGCCAUCAUGGCUCACUUCGACGUCGUUUUCGACCAGUCCCAGGGCCUACGCUGUAUUGAUGGACCAGCCAUGA